UUCUGCCAAAAGAUUCUCUCUCUUCUUCUUGCUUUUGAUUCUUUCGUUCGAUUUGUGAAGGAAUGUUGAACUUCUGAAGUUGUUUUCAUAUGGGUUGAUUUUGCUUUCAAAAGUCCCACUUUUCUCUGUUUUUGCUUCUUCUUCUUCCUGUCAGGUACCUUGCUGCGAAUCUCUAUCUCUUUCCUUUAUUCAAUCAUUUGUUCUAUUGGGUUACUUUCGGAAUCAAAAGUUGAUUUCUUAAACCUACGAUCGAUUCUUCUCAAACAAUUUCUUAAUCCCCUUUUUCACCGGUCAAACCUUUCAAAAUCUAGUGUCUAUGAUUAGUCGCAUUCCCAUCGAGCUGUAAAAAACCCGUCUAUUAUCUAUUGGGUUUUCAUCAUUCGGACAAAGAAUCUAUCUUGGGUUCGUCUUUUCACACUUGGAUCUGGGUUAUGCGAUUCUGGGUUCCUGUAUGAUUGGGUGGGAGAAACAAGCUUCAUAAUUUCAAGCCCUAAAAUCCUUUCUAGUCUUCACAACCCAGGUUUUCUCUAAGUUAUUAUGCAUAUUGAAGACCUUAACUAUGGCCGUUUUAGUUCCCGGUGUUCUGUUGAAGCUUCUGCAGCAUAUGAAUACAGAUGUGAAGGUUGCAGGUGAGUAUAGGUCAUCUGUUCUUCAAGUAGUGAGUAUUGUUCCUGCAUUAGCUGGUGGAGAGUUGUUUUCAAAUCAAGGAUUUUAUAUCAAGGUAUCAGAUUCUUCUCAUGCUACUUAUGUCUCACUUCCAGAUGAACAUGAUGAUUUGAUUCUUAGUGAUAAGAUCCAAUUGGGUCAGUUCAUACAUGUUGAAAGGCUUGAAGCCGCCUCUCCGGUACCAAUUCUCCGGGGAGUUAAGCCUGUUCCCGGUCGUCAUCCUUGUGUUGGCAGCCCUGAGGAUAUAGUCGCAACUCAUUCUUUAGGAUUCCUUAAUAACAAUUCAGGGUUGAAGAAAACGAAAUCUUCAACUUCAAGCAACGGUAAUGUUAAAUCUCUUCUUCCUAAGUUGUCUGGAUCCAUUAUUAAAGAUCAUAAGGUGGAGAAGAAAUUAGCGCCUGUCCUAGUUAGAUCAAAAUCCCAGUUAUCGAAAUUGAAUGGAGAGAAGAAGGAGCCGUCUAGCUCAAGAUCAAUCCCUUCAUCUCCAACUAGUUGUUAUUCUUUACCCACUUCUUUUGAGAAAUUUUCAAGUGGGCUUAAGACACAGGCUAAGGUCAAAGGGUUACAGAAGAUUACAGCUAAAUUGGAAAUGGGAGAGAAGGCUGGGGCUACAUCUGUUCGCGGGUCUGUGAGUCUACCCGCAAAGAAAGCAUCUUCUGGAUUGAGCUCAAUCAAGACUCUUGCUCAAGGAUUUGAUUUUGGGCCUAAAGCUAUGAGGAAGAGCUGGGAAGGGAAGAUGGAGAUGAAGAGUAAAGAAAGCCCUAGAUUGAAAGCUCCCAAGCUUGAGCUGGCGUCUGAAUCAAGAAAUAGUUCUUCUGGCCUUCAGACUCCUAGAAAAUCGACGAGUGAAAGAUUGCCAUCUAAAGAGGAGAACAGAGUUCAAGCUUUGUCGAAAUUUUCUAAAGAGGAAAACAAAGGCAAGACUUCAUCCACAAAGAAAGAAAGUCCAAAUGGGGGUUUUGAUAUUGAAACGGAUAAAUUGAGUAAGCAAAGAAACAACACGGUGGGGAAGAAACCGCCUGGAGAUUCUAAUGGAAUACCUGGAAACUUGGUUAAGGUUUCUCUUAGUAGUAGGAGACUGACAGAGGGAAGCAUUUCAUGGUCUUCACUCCCAUCAUCCCUUUCAAAGAUUGGAAAGGAAAUUCUGAAGCGUAGGGAUGCUGCACAAACAGCUGCAAUAGAGGCAAUGCAAGAAGCUUCGGCUGCAGAUAGUUUGCUUCGAUGUUUAAGCACAUAUUCUGAGUUACGCGUCUCUGCAAAGGAAGAUAGUCCGCAACCAGCAGUGGAGCAAUUCUUGUCUCUCCAUGCGAGCUUAAACAAUGCCCGUGCUGUUGCUGAUUCCCUUUCUAAAACCAUUCCAGACGAUUCAUCACCAGAUCGUGAAGAAGAAACCCCACCAUUGGAAGAAGCUCUGAAAAUAACAUCAGAAAGACGCAAACUAGCCUCAUCCUGGGUCCAAGCUGCAUUAUCCACCAAUUUAUCAUCAUUCUCCGUCUUCAACAGACAAUCAAAUCCUGUUACAACUCAGUCUCAUAAUCCAAAAUCCAAUUCUGGAAAUCAACCCAUCCUAGUCCUAGAAAAUGCCACGAAAACUCCAUCAUCGUCGGCACAGACAAAACCUCGUCCGUCCGUCAGCGCCAAGGUUGUGACUAGACGGGUGCCUGAAUUGCCUGCAGUUAAUCAAAAGCAGCAAGUCUCACCUCCGAUGGAAUGGACCAGAGGCGAUGGUCUUGAUGAUGCAGUCGAACUGGCCGAAAUGCUAAUGAAGGAAUCUCAGGACUGGUUCUUGAAAUUCGUGGAGAGAUUCUUGGACGCUGACGUGGAUGCUGCCGCCUCUUUAUCCGACAACGGGCAAAUAGCUGGCAUGCUGACUCAACUGAAAAGUGUAAACGAUUGGUUGGACGAAAUAGGAAAGGAGAAGGACAAGGAGGAAGGGGAGCCACCAAGCAUCCCACAGGAAACAGUGGACAAGAUAAGAAAGAAGAUUUACGAGUAUCUUCUGACUCAUGUGGAAUCCGCAGCCGCCGCUCUGGGUGGAGGAGCUCCUCCACCAACAAUUCCGGCAACAGCAGAGAUUAUUAAAUCAAGAAGGUAAUUUAAUCCAUCUAUGUAUUAUGUAUAUACAAAAAUUGGAGCAAGCAAGCAAGCUAGCCAAUUCAAAUGGAAGAAGCAUGAUUCACCAGGAAAAGCAUAAUAUAGAAUAGAAUUUGAUGAAGUUUGAUUUGAUUUGAUUUGAUUUUGAUUUGAUUUGAUAGGUUUCAUAUAUGAUGAAAUGAAUGCAUGCUAAAGAGUAGCAUCUAGUUGUUGCUGUUUCCUCACUUUUGAUUAUAGAAAUGUCAUAAAUUAGUUGCAGACUCUUAUCUGAAUUCUGUCCCAAGGAUGGUGAAUGAAACUUUUCUUUCUACUUCA